AUGCGCAUCCACGAGCACACAUCGAUACACAAGGAGGCGAUGCAGCGACAGGCGGAGAUUGCGGAGGCUAUAUCGAAGGGACAGACAAAGAUCGACCGCUUCAUCAACGCGGAUGUUGAGGGACGGCGCGCGGUCCGGCUGAUGAGGUCGGUGCAGUUUAUGUGCCAGGAGGACGCGCCCAUCAGCAUGUUCCCGAAGCUGAUGCGGCAUCUCACCGAGCAGGACACCCCCGACAUCCCAAAGCAAUCCUACAGGGUGUACCUCACGAGAUCUCGCUAUGGUGGACAGCGUCGUGCGGACGCUGGCGGAACGCCUGGGCAGCUCAAGCCACUGGAGCCAGAGGUCGAUGUCACAGAGGUGGCAAAGACCGUCGAGUCGAUCACCGGCGACCUCGAGCACAGGUACCUCGACACCAACGCCUCGUUCGGUGGAAGCGGCAACAGGUGGUUGCCGAAGUUUCUGACGCUGUACGGGAAGAAGUCGGGGCAGACGGUGAAAGUGCGUGGCACGCGCUGGCAGUUCUGCCAGUAUCAACGUAACGCGCAGCUGGUGGAGCUGAUGCAGAUCUCUCUGCUGCAGUACGACAUGGACUGGCCUAGGGUGCUGGACACCUGGAAGAGCCUCAAGAAGAGGCGCCCGGCGCAGAGCGUGAUUUUCUCAGCUGAUGAUUGGAAGCGCAAGGGGAAGGAACCGGAGGAGGGAGAAGAGGGACCCACCGAGCCGGCUCUCGAGGAGGAGUUCGUGGAGUCCGACGACGAGGGUGACGAGCGGGAGAUGGAUCAGGAGAUUGAGCAGUCGCCACCCCGAGAUUACUCAGACGAAGAAGAAGACAACCCUUUCCUUUCCGAUGGCGAGGAGGAGGGGGAAGAGACUUACCACAUAGAUAAGACGCUACACUAG